AUGAAAGCUUUCUCUAGCAAGAGUUUUGUACUUGUUGUUAGCGUUUGUCUUAUUCUGAAUGGUAACGUCGUUUCCGCAGUAAGUGUUUUUAAAAUUAUAGAUCAUAUUGGCAACAAGUUUUACCUGUACGGCUGUAUAGAAAUUAAAAGUACCUCAUUGUGUCGGCGAAAUCGCUUGCAGUUUCUUGCAGUUUGCAUAGGAAUCUCUGCAUAGGAAUCAUGAAACAUUUAAGACUGCACGAUGAAUAAGAAUACCGACAGUUGGAUAUUGCCUAGGCCCUAGAACUCAUGUAGUAGGCAACAUAUUCAAGAAUUCAACUUCCGGACGAAGUCAAAUUCCUGAAGUAGGGCCUUCGCUCGAAACGUAGUUGUAUAAUAUUCAGGUAGUUGCAUCCCUAUCAAUCCGAAACAUUGUUAUUGGUACUACCUACACUGACAUGGCAGACCGUUCAUCAACUUCAUCAUUAUAUUCACUAUCACGUACAACUCUAUACUAUAGAAAAUACUUGCAUGGGCGAUCGAAUUUACAGAAAGGUUAUAUUUUCAGGAAAGGUCGAUAUAUUUUCAGGUAUAGUUGUAUUUUUAAACAUAUACUUCUUGAAUAUAUACAUUACCUUGUCCUUGAGUGCCGUGGUUUUGUAUUUGAACUACCGGAAAAAAUGAAAACACUUCGACUGACAAUCUGAGGAGUAGUCAUGCAUAUAUAGCCUAAGCCUUAUAGGCUUCGCGUUUAUCAAACAACAUACUACUGUAAACUACUGUACUGAUUUGCCGACCAUGCAACUGACGCGGGAAUCGAUCGAAAAGUGUAAGUGACCCACAUUUGAGUAGAUAUUUAUACUGUAUAGUUUACAAUACAGACGAUAGAACUGAUGAGUUUUUUGUAUUUUAAAUUGUAGGAAGAGAACGAAGGGUAAGUGACUAAAAUUUUCAGAGCAUAAAAUGUUAACAACAGUUAGCAGGUUCGUUGCAGGUGCGUCGAAACAUGCAUGAGUGCAGCCGGUGUGAGGAACUUUUUAUAAUAAGUGUGGACAAGAUAGUAGCUAGUCACAUUUAUACAUCUAAUGUCGAUUUUAAUUUCUUCAAUUCACAUGCAAAUAGCUCGUUUUAUACUACAUUUUAUACAUUAAUUUGCACAAGGUUAUUUUGUAUUUAGAUUUUAGUGGCGGUCUAGCUAGAUUUUUUUAUUUUAAUUUAUAUAAAUGAAUGAAGUGUUUCUCAAGUCUGCCGCGUAGGCUAUACUUUCUCUUGGUAAAUUAAAUUAUUGGUAGUAUAGUCAGAUUAUAAUUAUUAUAUACAAUAAUAUAUACAAUAAUAUAUAAAAUAAGCAAACUUCUUUCAUGCAUUUUAGAUGGUCACCAUGGACAGUAGGUACAGCUAUAGUUGGUGGUGGUGUUGCAGGUGUUGGUGCAGUUGUAGCGGCGCCUGUUGUCUUGGGAGCAGCUGGUUUUACUGGGGCUGGCAUAGCAGCAGGUUCAGUUGCAUCAUCCAUGAUGUCUGCAUCUGCAAUUGCUAAUGGAGGUGGAGUUGUCGCUGGUGGUAUUGUAGCAACUCUUCAGUCUGUUGGUGCAGCAGGAUUGGGCUGGGCAGGGUCUGCUGCAGUAGGAACUGCUGGAGCUGCUGUCGGAGCUGCAGCUGCUGGCAAUGCAAUGGACGAUGAUGACUAA